AUGCUCGUCUUUCUUACAGGCGCGCCUGGCUUUAUAGGUCGUGUGACCAUCGAAGAACUCCUUAACCACGGCCAUGAAGUGCUGGGACUCGCCCGAAGCGAUGCCUCGGCGGAAACAAUCUCCAAACUCGGCGCACAGGUUCACCGGGGCGACCUGGAAGAUCUGGAGAGCCUGAAGAGUGGUGCGAAGAAAGCUGACGGCGUCAUUCACCUUGCAUUUAUUCACGACUUUAGCGACUAUGCGAAAGCCGCAGCGGUCGACCAGGCGGCAAUUGAGGCUAUGGCUUCCACCAUGGCCGGCACGGGAAAGCCACUGGUCAUCGCUUCGGGCACAAUGCUCGUUCGGAAAGGAAAACUUGCUACUGAAGACGAUGAGCCCGAGCGUGGGACCCCGUUUCAAGUGAGACAGGACUCCGCCGAUCUUGUUGUGAAGUUGUCAAAGGAAAAGGGAAUUCGAGGGUCGAUCGUCCGUCUCCCACCCACAGUCCACGGCAAAGGUGAUAAAGGUCUCAUUCCCCGCUUCAUCGAUGCCGCGCGACAGCAUAAUGCCGUCAGCAUUGUCGGUGAUGGAUCUAAUCGCUGGUGCGCUGUUCAUCGCCUGGACGCGGCUGUUCUCUUCCGCUUGGCGCUAGAGAAGGGAGCAUCAGGUGCAUAUUACCACGCCGUCGCCGAGCAAGGCGUCCCCAUGAAGGAUAUCGCGCGUGUCGUUGGCAAGAAGCUGCAGGUUCCAGUGGAAAACAAGCCCGCCGAUGAGGUCAUGAAGACACUCGGGUUUCUGGCUUUGGUGUUCGCAGCCGACAAUCCUACAUCAAGCGAGAAGACGCAGAGAGAGCUGGGAUGGGAUCCCAGGGCCUCUGGACAGCCUGAUUUGCUGGCGGACAUGGAGGCGCAUUACUUUUUGAGAUCACAUGUAUAA